CAGCAGAAUCAUCUCACACAUCAGAAGAGCAAGAAGCCUCCACAUCAUGUGCCACAUCCCCGUCUUCUGCUGGAUCUCAUCCACUGUGCUUCAGAAGCUCCUGGAAGAAGAUCUGAGUGCAGAAGUCCCUCAAACUCUGACUGAAAUGUACAUCCACUUCCUGCUGAUUCAGAUCAACAUGAGGAAGCAGAAGUAUGAAGAGAGAGAUCCAGAGAAACUCCUGCAGUCCAACAGAGAAGUGAUUGUGAAACUUGCUGAAGUGGCUUUCAAACAGCUGAUGAAGGGCAAUGUGAUGUUCUAUGAGGAGGACCUGAUUGAGAGCGGCAUAUACGUCACUGAUGCCUCAGUGUAUUCUGGGAUUUGCUCUGAGAUCUUUAAACAGGAAUCGGUGAUUCAUCAGAAGAAAGUCUACAGCUUCAUUCAUCUGAGCGUUCAGGAGUUUCUCGCUGCUUUCUAUGUGUUUUACUACCAUGUAAAUAAAAUUGUGAAAGGACUGAAGAAUUUUGUUUCUGUAAGAAAUGUGCUUAAAAUAGCAGUGGAUGAAGCCCUUGAGAGUGAGAAUGGUCAUCUGGAUCUGUUCCUGCGGUUCCUGCUGGGCAUCUCACUGGAGUCCAAUCAGAGACUCUUACAGGAUCUACUGACACACACAGAGAACAGCUCAGAGAGCAUCAGGAGAACCACACAGUACAUUAAAGAGAAGAUCAAAGAUGGACAUGGACUCUCCACUGAAAGAUCCAUCAAUCUGUUGCUCUGUCUGCUGGAAGUGAAAGAUCAGACUCUGUUCAGAGAGAUUCAGGAGUUUGUGAAAUCAGACAAACACUCAGAGAAGAAACUCUCUCCUGCUCACUGCUCAACAAUCGCCUACAUGCUUCAGAUGUCAGAGGAGCCGCUGGAUGAGCUGGACCUCAAGAAAUACAACACAUCAGAUGAGGGGAGAAGAAGACUGAUACCAGCUGUGAUCAACUGCAGAAUAGCUCUAUUUGCUCGCUGUAAUCUCACUGGACAGUCCUGUGAAAUUUUGUCAUCAGUUCUCCAAUCCUCAAACUCUGUCCUGAGAGAGCUGGAUCUGAGUAAUAAUGACCUGCAGGAUUCAGGAGUGAAGCUGCUCUCCAAUGGACUGAAGAGACUAAACUGUCAGCUGCAGAUACUGAGGUUGUCUGGCUGUAUGGUGACAGAGGAAGGAUGUGGUUAUUUGUCUUCAGCUCUGAGUUCAAACCCCUCACACUUGAGAGAGCUGGAUCUGAGCUACAAUCACCCAGGACCAUCAGGAGUCCAGCUGCUCAAAUACAGACUGGAGGAUCCAAACUAUAAACUGCAGAUACUCAAUUUGGAUCAUGCAGAACAUUUUAGAAUCACACAAGGACUGAGAAAAUAUGCCUGUGAUCUCACACUGGAUCCAAACACAGCACACACUCAACUCAUCCUCUCUGAGGGAUACAGGAAGGUAACUUAUGUCAAAGAUCAUCAGCCGUAUCCUGAUCAUCCAGACAGAUUUGAUCAUCAGGAGCAGGUUCUGUGUAAAGAGAGUCUGACUGGACGCUGUUACUGGGAGGUUGAGUGGAGCGGCUGGGCCCAUAUAGCAGUGGCAUAUAAAAGAAUCAAAAGAAAAAGUGAAAGUGACAUUUGGUUUGGAUUCAAUGAUAAAUCCUGGAGUCUGUACUGCACUGAAAAGAGAUACACUGCCUGGCAUGAGAACAGGAAAACUGACAUACUGAGCUGUUCAUCCUCUAAUAGAGUAGGAGUGUAUGUGGACGUGUCGGCUGGCACUUUGUCGUACUUCAGCGUCUCUGACACACACAUACUUACACACAUACACACAUUCAACACCACAUUCACUGAACCCCUCUAUGCUGGAUUCAGGGUUUAUGAGUCCUCACUGUCUUUGUGUCAGAAUAAAUGAUCUUGCGGUGAGACAUCACAACCCU